CAGCGCUUAUGCUGGGUGUUGACUGUUGAUAAGUAACCAUUCACACAGAUAUCCUAUCACAGGCCAUCACUUGAGCUAAUAAAAGCAUGCUGUGCACAAGACGUUUCAGUUGCUGUUGUAUUCGAGUGGCGGGCUGAAGUUGGUGUUCCUGAAGGCAGUCACAGGGCCGUGAAUUGAGGAUCAAUCUGAGGCCAGAGUUCUGUGUUUAAGCUCAGACAUUGCUCGGCCAGCACCAAGAGGCAACUGCGACCACUUCCACUCAGUGCAACAUCCGGCAUGGCUGCCGGUCGCCACCUCCCGGGGCUGCUGUUGGUCUACCUGGUGAUGGCAGCAGUAUUCAGCACGGCAUAUCGCUCCUCAGAAGAAAGAUACUCGGUGUGCAACACGCGCUGCUGCAAGGUGGAGCCCAACUGCUCGGCCGCCCUGCACGUCGCCUGCCGCUGCCACUUCGCCAAACGGGUCGUUUUACGUGACGGAGACUUCCCGCCGUCGGUGGAGACCAUCUACUUCUACGGAGUGCGCAACCUCACAAUAACAGAGAACGCGCUGUUGAACCUGCCCUCCCUGACCCGAGUCGAGCUGCGCCAGAUCGAAUGGAUGAAGGUGCUCUCGAAUGGACUGGCGCUGAACAGCAACUCCUCACUCGCCUUUCUUGCCAUCGACUCUGUGCGCCAUAUGAAACUGGAGGCCGGCGCCUUCUCGGGACACUGGGACACAGAAGCCAAACUAAGGAUUGGAUACGUGUCGUCACUGGUCCUCAGUCAGAACACGUUCAGCUUCCAGUCUUCACCUCAUAUACCCAGCCUAGUCAUUGAACAUGCAACACUACAGGAUAUCGAACCAAUGGCAUUCAAUGCGUCUUUAGAGUUUCUGACUCUGAAGGACGUUGAGAUCAAGAUGGCAGAAGGAACGGCUUUGGUGGAAGCAUCCAGGCUUUGA